CGCUGUAUCAAAUGCAAGGAUUAUUAUUAUUAUCAUUAUAAUUUCUUUCACGAUGACCACAACCCCCAUAGACUUCUUGAGCAAUGGGAAUCUCAGAGCAACACAUCGAUCUCACCAAAAGGCACAGGCUAAUUUCACAUUCACCGACUUCCUCAGAGCCAAAGAGGACCAAAACCACAAGAAACGUUACUUCUUAGACUAUAGGUUGGUGACUAAAAUAGGUGAAGGGACAUUUUCAGAGGUAUGGAAGGUUCAAAGUUUAAAGGAUGCGAAUUAUUAUGCCUGUAAAAAGAUGAAACAACAUGUGGAAAGUAUAGAGCAAGUGAACAAUUUACGAGAAAUUCAAGCUAUGCGCAGACUGAGCUUGCAUCCUAAUAUUCUUCAAUUACACGAAGUGGCCUAUGACAAGAAGAAUGGGUCUAUUGCUCUAGUAUGUGAACUCAUGGACAUGAAUGUCUACGAGCUAAUAAGAGGGCGAAGGAACCCUUUACCCGACAGUAAAAUAAAGAAUUUCAUGUAUCAACUAUGUAAGUCCCUUGAUUACAUGCACAGAAAUGGAAUUUUUCACCGAGAUGUAAAGCCAGAAAAUAUCUUAAUUAAGCAAAACUUGCUGAAGUUGGCAGAUUUUGGUUCCUGUAGGAGUAUGUUCUCAAAGCAUCCAUACACAGAAUAUAUCUCCACUCGAUGGUAUCGAGCCCCAGAAUGUCUUCUUACAGAUGGGUAUUAUGGCUUCAAAAUGGACAUUUGGAGUGCUGGCUGUGUUUUCUAUGAAAUAACCAGCUUACAUCCACUUUUUCCUGGUUCUAAUGAAGUGGACCAAAUUGCAAAAAUCCAUGAUGUUGUUGGAACUCCAAAGGGCGAUAUCCUCAGAAAGUUUAAGCAAACACGCGCUAUGAAUUUUGACUUUCCACCAAAGAAAGGUACAGGAAUACCUUGCCUUGUUCCUCACAUCUCCAAUGACAGUAUUUCCCUGAUGCUUGCAAUGAUGGAGUAUGAUCCUGAUAAGAGAAUCACUGCCAAGCAGGCAUUACAACAUCCUUACUUCCGAGAUCUGAGAAUGGCAGAGAAGCAAGCUGCCAAUUUACAGCGAACAGUUAGAGGCUUUGAAGAUGAGAACAAUGUAGCUCAAGGUGUGAUGCAUAACCUUUGGCGAAUUCAUAAGGGACGGAGACGGCACCAAAAAUAUCCACAACAGCCUGCAAGAUGCCAGGUUCCUACUUACCCAUUGGAAUUGCCAAAGCUGAAUGUGUCUGGUACAACAAAGAUAUGUACUUACCCCAAUCACACUGUAAAGACCGUUUUUCCAACAGUCCCAGUGUCUGAGAAUGGAACUCUACCCCAAGUGCAACCAGUACAGUUUAUUGGAAAAAAUAGUAAGCAGCCAAGACAUCGUGAACAAUCAAAACCUACUAUGCAACAUUACAGUUUACCCUCUAUAGAAAAAAAGGGUGGUCGCUACUGAAAUCGAUUAUUGUACAAGAGUAUCCAAGAACUAUUCUUUUACACUUCAAAGGUCUUCUGUACUGUUACGAAAAGAAGAAACACAUUUACAAAGACCAUGCUUUAUAGUCUUCUAUUCGGCAAAAAUCAGGUACCUCUUGUGCCUUAUUCCUAACUGCAGCUUUUAAAUCAAGUGACACUAGCACAAACCAGCUCAGGACUACAAUCAAGCAUUUGUUCAGUUGAUCCUGGGAGUUAUUUUUUAAAAACCCACAAAUUAUUUUAACAAUCAACAGUUUGGAUAAGCUAAACUGUACGAGUGAUCUAUGAAAAAAUUGGCACUUUAUAUCUGAAACCUGAUACAUUUUAUUAGUUAUUGUAUCAAAAGUAAGGGGAGGAGAAAAAUCUGUUGAGAAUAUGGUUUAAUGCUGUUGGAUUAAAUUAUUCGGUGAUGAAAAUAGCUGAAGAAAUCAGUUAAUAUUUGUGAACAGUUAUAAAUUUAUUUCUUCCCUACCAGUCACCAAAAUGACAUAAAAUGUAGCAGGAAUUAUUGUGUGAAUUAUUAGGCUGUUGUCAAGACAUUAACUGUUCCCACAAAUUAAAAAAAAGCUCGUUUACCAUUUCAUAAACGACUUUAAAUUUAGAGUAUCAGGUAUCUGUACAGAAAUAUUACAAUAUUUAUUAGUUUGUACGCAAGACAAUUAUUUUGUACAAACUUCCUACCCUGGUCAUAGAAGGCAGAUUGCUGCCCCAACACUGAUUUCUAGUCCUUAGAAGAGUAGUUUAUUAUUUUAAAAAUCCAAGAAUCAAACAAAUGAGUGUAGUUUCAUUUGCGAUACGGUUUGUUUUACAGACAGAGUACAACUUGCUGGAAUUAAAACAGCUGAAUAUUAUUUUUCUGAUUUGUUCUCAUCUCCCACCUGCAAUCUAAUUUGUUCUCAUCCGUUUUUUUUGUAUCCAGACAAUGAGAUGAGGAUGUUUAAUCAUUUGACUCGCUGGUUCCUAUUUAACAUUUACGAUAUUGUCGAGCAAUUAAAUUGUCAAAGUAGCAUAGAAUGUUUGGUGGAAUACAAGCAGUGGCUGUAAGGUGUAUAUCCAGUCGACAAUGUUUCUCAAUUUUUAAAAAAUUGUCAGCAUUUCAGUAUUAAAGCAAAUACCUGAUGUUUUAAAGAACUAUAUAGAAUAGAAUUACUAAUUGUUUUCGAAGACGCAUUUUAGCAUUCAGCUGAUGGAUUUUUUUUAAAAAAGAGCUGUUUAAUAAACCCAACUGAUGCUUCAUUGGAA